GUGAGGAGUAGAGAAGCGAAGCACAAAGAGAAAGUGAUCCGGUGCAGAACCUAAAGGGAGCGGAGUCGGGACAUCCCGAGUGAUCAGAUUGGAGCUGGACGUGCAGACACCGAUCUGACUCCCAGAAUCCGAGGGAGGAAUUCCGAACUCACAACAGAACCAGGUGAGGGGACACGGGGCAGCCCUGGCCAGCAGCACGGGAAUGGAGUGACCCGGGACAACUCAAUGAAAUCUGGAGGGCGAAAGGAAGACGUGCAGACCUAAAUUUAAUCCGAACUUAAUGAUCUGGGACAGUUUCUUCUCUCGCAACAGAAUCUAGAGACUUAAACCAAUCAGAUCCGGCAGACGUGGACUUGCUGUUUGUGGUGUCUCCAUCUGACUUUACUGCUGACUCAAAUUAUUUCCACUAAUCUCUUGAAGACAAAGAAAACUCCUCAUAAAGCAUUAACUCCUGAGCAACCAUGGAGGGUGCCACCAGAGUCACCCCUCUUCUAGUCCUAUGUCACCUUCUUGCUCUGUGCCUCCUGGCCUCAGCCCAGCUUCAUGGUGAAAAGGGUAUCUCGGUGCCCGAGCAUGGCUUCUGCCAACCAAUCUCCAUUCCGCUCUGCACAGACAUUGCCUACAAUCAAACCAUCAUGCCCAAUCUCUUGGGUCACACAAACCAAGAGGAUGCUGGGCUUGAGGUCCACCAGUUCUACCCGCUUGUGAAGGUCCAGUGUUCUUCCGAGCUGCGAUUCUUUCUCUGCUCCAUGUAUGCGCCAGUCUGUACAGUCCUGGAACAGGCCAUCCCUCCGUGCAGGUCUAUAUGUGAGCGGGCGCGUCAUGGAUGUGAGGCCCUUAUGAACAAGUUUGGCUUCCAGUGGCCAGAGAGACUGAGGUGUGAAAAUUUUCCUCGCCAAGGCACAGAACAGAUCUGUGUAGGGCAGAACCACUCAGAAGAUGGUGGUCCCACACUUUUGACCACUAGUCCCCCCCUCCAUGGAACACCAGGGCCAGCCAUCUAUGCGACACUCGAUCACCCCUUCCAUUGCCCUCGAGUGCUAAAGGUCCCCAGCUACCUCAACUAUAGGUUUCUGGGAGAGAAGGACUGUGCAGCUCCAUGUGAACCAUCCAAGAGUGACGGGUUCAUGUUUUUUAGCCAGGAGGAGAUACAGUUUGCGCGAGUUUGGAUCCUCAUCUGGUCUGUGCUUUGCUGCGCCUCAACCUUCUUCACAGUGACUACCUACCUGGUGGACAUGCAGAGGUUCCGGUAUCCUGAGAGACCAAUCAUUUUCCUGUCUGGGUGCUACACCAUGGUGUCAGUGGCCUACAUUGCAGGUUUUGUGCUUCAGGACAAGGUUGUAUGCAACGAGGCCUUCACUGAUGAUGGCUACAAAACCGUGGUGCAGGGAACCAAGAAGGAGGGAUGUACUAUUCUUUUCAUGAUGUUAUACUUUUUUAGCAUGGCUAGCUCCAUCUGGUGGGUGAUCCUCUCUUUGACCUGGUUCCUGGCAGCAGGGAUGAAGUGGGGCCACGAGGCAAUAGAAGCCAACUCCCAAUAUUUCCACCUUGCUGCUUGGGCAGUCCCAGCUGUGAAGACCAUUACGAUCCUGGCUAUGGGGCAGAUAGAUGGAGACCUCCUAAGUGGAGUGUGUUUUGUGGGACUUAAUAGCAUCGAUCCCCUGAGAGGAUUUGUGCUAGCCCCUCUCUUUGUCUACCUCUUCAUUGGAACCUCAUUCCUCCUGGCUGGCUUCGUAUCCCUAUUCAGAAUCAGAACAAUCAUGAAGCAUGAUGGUACUAAAACAGAAAAGUUGGAGAGGCUUAUGGUGAGGAUUGGCGUGUUUAGUGUCCUCUACACAGUUCCAGCCACAAUUGUAAUUGCAUGCUACUUCUAUGAACAGGCAUUCAGGGAACAUUGGGAACGUAGCUGGGUAAGCCAGAAUUGCAAGAGCUUGGCUAUCCCUUGCCCCCUUCAGUACACCCCAAGAAUGACCCCUGACUUUACAGUCUACAUGAUUAAGUAUCUGAUGACCCUCAUUGUUGGCAUCACCUCUGGCUUCUGGAUCUGGUCAGGCAAGACUCUACACUCAUGGAGAAAGUUUUACACCAGACUGACCAACAGCAAACAUGGGGAGACCACAGUUUGAGAAUCAUAGACUGUUGGUGGGAAUUUGUCCUACCUGUGAUCUGGGCCACCAUUGACUGUUUACUGUCAAACCAUGUUUUAUCUCGAUCCCACUUCAUUGACAUCUCAUAUGGUCUGUCAUUUUCUAUAUGAUAUGUUUAGUUGCAUCACAUCGGAGUUGUAAUUUUGACUGUAAAUAGAUUUUUUUGUAAAUUAUAUAUUUCUAUUUAAAACAUGGGGCUAGUAAAUUGGACACACACACAAUUUCAGAGGAAGAAGACUCACCUCCCUCCUCCUCCAACUAUUUCAUUAACUUGGCAGUGCCUCCUCUAUAACUGGAGUCAUGUAGACUGACGUCUUGGCUCCUAGUGGAUUCAUACCGUAUGCCUUUCAUUCAUUGUCACCACAAAGCAUUGGGAAUUGUAUUGAUUUCCUCUCGGUCGCUAACGUUUUUAUUGGGAUCCCACAAAAGAACUUGAUGAUUCAUCUGAAUUUAGUGUGUAAAAUGGAACCCUGACAUUCUCGUAAGACAGGAGUUGCCCUGGUUGUGCCGAGCAGGGCACCUUUAGGGGGGGAGGGGAGGAGGUUUGUUUCCCUUGGAUUUUCCCCAUUUCUCCUUGUUUUUUUUGUUUUUUUUUUGUAAUGCAUGAUUUGUUAAAAGAACAGUCACAUUUAAACAACUCUAUACAUUUCAUUUUGUGACUGGAAACAUUGUUUUUUGACCUGGGGAUGUACGGAUUGGUGGUACGAUCCAGACAUUUGCAGGAAACUGGUGUCUCACGGACUGAGGGAGAAGGAUAUUCACUAAUUAAGUUCUGAAGACUCUACGAGACACUACUUAGCCUUAUGGGCAUCCACUGAGAACCAGCUUUCCACUCCCCAUCCUUGGAUAAAUAUAAUUAUGUUGAUGUGUUUUAAUGCUUUUUUUUCUAUGUAAUUUUAUUAUUUUUGGGUUUUCUUUUAAAUAAAAAAAUACAAUAUUUUUUGUUAAUAAUAAUCAAGAA